AUGCUCGCAGGCUGGCAGUACGUAGCGUACUACGUCAACCAGAAUGACAAGGAGAUUAACAACAGCGAUGAUAACGAUGGUCAGGUCGAAACCAAAUCGAGACCGACCCGAAACGUCUGCCUGGCUCGACGAAAAUUGGACGCAAGCUCAUAUGCCAAGUCGAGAAGGAGUGAUAGGGACCAGACCCUCGGCGUCAGUGACGGCGAGUCGGAAAAGGCAAUUUGGCAGACUAUCGUAUUCGACGAUUACGAGCAGGUAUUGAACGACGGACAUAACACCAUCUCCCUCGGCCUGUCCCAUUCGGACGGCUCGAUCCACCUUUCGUUCGACAAUCACAAUACCAGCUUGGUUUACCGUCGUUCGUGUUCCACCCUCGACCUGAUCAGUCAACCUGACGAGGUACCCUACAGAGACGUUGUCGGAGGGUGGUCUAAGAAGAGUUUCCAGGAGGUACGGGAGGGGCUUGAAGGGCUCGAUACAGCCGAGUUCGAGAGCGCAACGUAUCCCAGAUUCUUGAGCUUGCCAGCGAGUUCUGAUUCGUCGGCUUCGCUCCUCCUCGAAUUCCGAACCGGGAUGGCCGGACUGGGCGAUACGCGGAUGUACGUCUAUGGAUCAAGAAGUGGCGAUGAUAGUAGCGGGACGUCUUCGUACGGCUGGGAAGCUAGAGGCGUAGUCUUGCAGGGAGUUGGCUGUAAUGCGUACGUCCCUCAUUCUCAGCCUCGUGAAUCUAGGGUCGAUUUGCACGAAGUGGAGCGGGUCACGGAGGCUUACUUUUCUUCGAUGCCUGCCAGCGUCCAUUUGACGUGGACCUAUCGCUCGUAUAUCCCUGUAACACUGAAAGACUCGCAACAACAAGCAGGACCGAACGGACCGGAGAACAAUCACGACCUGUAUUACGCGUGGAGUCCGUUCGAGGAGGAUCGUCCUGGAGCGAUGGGAGGCCCAGGGAGACGGUGGUUCAACGGGAUGGGCGAGCUGAUCGGCAUGGCAGGGAAACCGGUGGUAUCCGGUAGUGCGGAUGCCCCUUCUUCUCCUGGGCUAGGACCCGUUAUACCGACAUCGCCAGGGAUCUUGGCAUACAAGACCUCGGCUGGCAACAAGGGUAUUACCAAUCAAGAGAGCCAGGCGGUGGACAGUCAGGGUGGAGUUCAUGUGCUGAAUAGGGAGGAGGUAGAUGGCCUCGAGAGAUGGGUGUACUACACGCUUCCCGAAGCAAGUGACGGCAUCUUCAAUGGUCGUGUGUGGGAACGCCACCUUCUGCCGCACCCUAAGUACAGCCCGGCAUCGGUGUUUCAUCCUCGAGGCAAGAUGUUUUGUGCCACGCACUACGACGUUCCCCAUCUAUACAUUUUCCUUCCGAGAGAGCUCGAUCUCGUAUUGAUCCGCCGGAGCUUACGAAUCAAGCCCGGAUGGCGGGGGGAGUGGGAAGAGGUGCUCAGAUUGCCCGGGGCGAGAAUGAUGGAAGUCCUGGUCGACGAGGAACGCUUGAAUCGAUGGGACCACGUACUGAGCGUGUAUAUUGGCAAAUAUUUCCCUGAAGAAAUGGAGUUUGACCGUCACAGGCGCAUUGACGAGAAUACCGGAGAAGAGUGCGACUAUAGUGGUCAAAGAAGAGACAGUUGGAUGUCAAUCCUGGAUAUCACCCUUUGA